CGUAUAAUAAGGUUUAAAUAUUAUAAAUUAAGAAAAAAGUUAUAUGAAUCAAUCACCUUAAUUAUUUCCAUUUGUCUGUGUCCGUGUGGAUAUGUAAGUUAAAAAACAUUAAUGAGGUUAAUAAAUUUAAAUAAAAAAAAAAAAAAAAAAAUGAUACAAAAUGUAAAAAAAAAAUAGAACAGAAAGAAAUCUUUAUUAAGAGUUAAUAAUUAUUUAUACAUAUAAAUUACGAUUAAUCUAUGAAAAUGAUCUUUGACGUCAAGCGCAUAAUUAAGAGACCGUCGUGUUGUAUUCCUUCACUCCUUACACGCAUAUUAUAAGGAUCGUAACAAAAUGUGAAAGGAAAUCGAGAGGUAGUAUGUCGUGGCACUGCCAAUGCAUAGAAAAACGUGAUUUCGUAUUUAAUUGAAAGGAAAAAGGACAAAUAUUUAGAAAAAAAACAAAGGAAACGGACAAAGUGUGUGAAACAUUUAUAGAUAUACAUGUAUCAACAUACAUAUGCGUAUAUACGUACAAACAUAAAUUGUAUUUUAAAUGCCGCAUAGAUAAAGCGACAAUCGAUCGAACGAUCGAUUCAUCAUCCUAAUCACUUGAUCACGCAGUUAACGGUAUUUAUCGAAUUACUAUACAACCAUGAGCGGCCAUUUGUUGCUAAUGCAUGUCCAAGAACUUCAUUUGCGUUCAAGUUCGCAACAUCUUUUUUACUUCUUUAAAGAAAAAAAAAAAAGACAAAAAAAAAAGAGAAAAAAGAAUGAAAAGAUACAUAUUGUAUAAAUAUGUAUCUAGUUAUCAACUUGGAAAAACGAUGGCUAGUUCUUCGAACUUCCUGAUAAAAAUAAGAAUAAAAAAGAGAAAAGAGUGAGAGAGAGUGAGAGAGAAACAAUAAAAAAAUAUGUGCAUUUUCUUAUUCAUUUUCUUUUAUAUUAUUAUUAUUUUACGUAGAAUCAUAGAACAAUAGACAAUUUGAGGGAAUUAAAAUAGGCUCUGUCGAAUCUCUAUUUACGAUUUUAUCAUUACUUAUGAUCGAGUCGAAGGAUGGAGUCUACCUGAGUAAGCUUCGAUCGUCCGUGACCUUGGACCACAAUCCUUAUUCUACGAAAUCAAAAGAAGGAAGGACAAGAUAACUACGGCAUUAUUCUGACGAAAUUCCUAACAAAUCCUAACCGCCCUAUCCUCUUCUUCCUCCCCUUUCCUUCCUUCCUUCCUUCUUUCUUUCCUUCCUUCCUUCCUUUCUUUCUUCCUUACUACAUUUUUUUUCCUUCUGCUCUACUAAUAGAAAAAAGAAACAAAAAGAAAAGAAAAAAAUUCAAGAGAAUAAAAUGGCUAAAUACACAGUCAAAGAAGAGUACGAUCUCGAAAGUUACAAAGAAGUCAGGCUGACCGGUUUCAACAACAACGAUCCUGAUCUAAGUAAUAACCUUGAAACUAGACUGGCCAUCGUCCAUCUUCCUAGCAAAGACGAUAAAGAGAGCAAGGAUGACGGAAACCAUAACAAUAAUUUUCUACUAUCGUCGAUGAGGAAUUGGCUUUGUCGGAGAAUAAAAAGGACGUGUAGAAAAAAGUUGCUUUACAAAAGAAUACCUAUCCUAGCAUGGUUACCAAAAUAUCGUAAGGAAUAUAUAGCAAAUGACUUGGUAGCAGGAGUCACUGUUGGUUUAACAGUUAUACCACAAGCCAUAGCUUAUGCCAAUGUCGCUGGUCUACCUCUACAAUAUGGUCUCUAUUCAUCCUUCAUGGCAUGCUUCGUAUAUACUAUCUUAGGCUCCUGCAAGGAUGUUCCUGUAGGACCAACAGCAAUAGCUGCAAUCCUAACAAGAGAAACCCUUCAAAAAGCUCACUUAGGACCUGACUUUAGCGUUUUAUUGACCUUCAUCUCCGGCUGCAUAUCCUUGUUAAUGGGUAUAUUGCAAUUAGGUUUCUUGCUCGAUUUUAUUUCGGGACCAGUUUCAGUUGGUUUCACUUCAGCCGCAGCGAUCAUCAUCGCUACCAGUCAAAUGAAAGAUAUUUUAGGGAUCAAUAUAUCUGGUGGAAAAUUCUUAGAAGUCUGGCAAAUGAUUUUUGAAAAGAUCAGUGAUACCAGGCCAUGGGACGCUACGUUAGGAAUUGUGUGCAUAAUUGUUUUGUUACUUCUCAGGAAAGCCAAAGAUCUGCCGAUAAUGACACGGAAUGUUAAGAUGCCGACGAAAAUUCAAUUGACGUUAAGAAAAUUGAUUUGGUUGAUCUCAACUGCCAGAAACAUCUUGAUCGUUGUCGUUUGUGCUGUCAUGUGUUGGCUAUUGGAACUUUAUCUUGGUUCAUCACCAGUCAUAUUAACAGGAGAAGUAAAGGCAGGUCUACCGAAUUUCCAUUUGCCAUCUUUCGAAUCGAGUGUUGGUAAUCAAACCUAUCACUUCAGUGACAUGGUCAGCGAAUUAGGUUCCGGAUGUCUAGUCGUACCUUUGCUGAGUCUUCUGGAAACUAUUUCCAUCGCCAAAGUAUUCAACGAUGGUAAUCCUAUAGACGCUACUCAAGAAAUGUUAGCAUUAGGUGUAUGCAACGUGAUUUCCUCUUUCGUAUCAUCAAUGCCAGUCAGUGGUGGACUCAGUCGAGGUGCUGUUAAUCAUUCCUCUGGUGUCAAAACUACUUUAGGUGGAAUAUAUACGGGUCUUCUUGUCUUAAUAUCAUUACUAUUCCUUACUCCAUAUCUUCAAUACAUUCCUAAGGCAGCACUCGCGGCAGUUAUCAUAGCAGCUGUAGUCUUUAUGGUUGAAUUCCAUGUUAUCAAGCCAAUGUGGAGGACUAAAAAGAUCGAUCUGGUACCUGCGAUUGUAACAUUUUUAUGCUGUCUUUUCGUGAGAUUAGAAUUAGGUAUAGUGAUCGGCAUCGGCGUUAAUCUUCUAUUUUUGCUUUAUGCAUCAGCCAGGCCAUCUUUGCGAGUCCAAAAAGCUACAAGUAUAAGCGGCUGUGAAUAUCUUGUCAUAACUCCAGAUAGAAGUCUUGUCUUUCCAAGUGUUGAAUAUGUUCGAGCUGUAAUUAGUAAACAGGGAUCAAAACAGGGUGUUACUGUACCUGUUGUUAUUGAUUCCACUCACAUACAAGCUGUCGAUUUUACUGCAGCUAAGGGUGUGAAGAAUUUGAUAGAAGAUUUCUCAAAACGUGGUCAGCCUUUAAUCUUUCAUAAUUUAAAGCCUAGCAUUGUUGAAAUUUUCAGAGGAGUAAAACCAUCGAGUUUGAAGUGUAGCUCCAGCGAACUCGAAUUAAACGACUGCCUUAAAGAAUAUUCAAAUAUUUCGACGACAACUAUAAGCAGGUAUUGAAUAUAUUUUAAUAUUUUUGAUGAUUCAUAAAUAAGCAGAUCGCCCUAUUCUCCGCUCUUGGCAAGUAACAGUAUUAUGUCAGCACUUUAGAAUUAAAAUGCCAACUGCGUCGGAUGUAUAAGCAUACAGGGAUUUUAUAAAUGAAAUGCUACAAUCUGAUUUAUAUUCUAUACUGUUGCUUACGCAUAAAAAAAUGAUCCGCCGAAGAUAUUAUAUAUUUAAUAAUAUUCUUUUUUUUUUCGUUAUAUAAUUUUUAGU